AUAAUCCCAUGCCAGACGGUAACUGUGGCUUUCGGGCCUUAGCUGUUGAGCUGUAUAACACAGAGGAGCGAUACGUCGAUGGUCGUUUACUAAAAGUACUCGAUCCAUAUUCAAGUGAAUGGUUCGUCUCGCCUGAAUGCAGUCAAGUUGCCGCUGAUACGUUCGAAACGCCAAUUGUUAUAGAUGGCGCACAAUCGCACAUUUUCUUCCCUUUAACGAACAACCCA